AUGAUACAAUCCCUGAAAGUUAGAUUAAUUUAUGAUAGAUGUAAUAAAUGUGGACAAUAUAUUUAGGUCUCUUUAAUGAAUUAUUAAUUUAUCAUAAUUCUGAUGCAAUAUUACAAGGAUAUAAUGAACUAAAUGACCUCCUGUUUUAUUAAGUCCCUUUAUUAAACAUGUUAACAAAGUAUUAGUUUUUGAUUGCUUUUCAGAGAACAAUUAUUUAUCAUCAUUUUCUAUUAUUGCUAUAGCAUGUAAUUUAUUAAAUAGUAAGGUCUAAAUACUAAAAGAGACCAAUAUCAAUUGAAAAAUAUCAAGGCGUAUUGACUUAACUAAUAUUUAUCUAUUAAAGUGAAACCUAGUCAGUUGAUGUUGGUAUUGUUUAUUGUUUAUUGUUUUCUUUCAAUAACACUUAAUGA